CUUUACAUUGGUUUUCCGAUACACAUAGACCUGUACCCUCUAGAUCGGUGCCUUUGAAUCGAACAAGGAUGGAAACGGGAACUUGUCUUCGAUCUCUGGUCCAGCGUGCCGGUCAGCCUGAGCAAAUACUCCAAAAUAACUGCAGUUGGCAUGCCGCAUCUCGUUUGUCCCGUUCCCCAGAUUCUCACUCUCUCGUUCAAAACGAGCAUCUGUCUUGGAAUCCAACUUGUGCUUCUCCUCCAACCCCAUCGUAGCACGUACGAUCGUCAUAUACGCACGCAGCACGCACCUCCCGCCCGCUCACUCACCGUGUGAAGUGCCAGUGCCGUGGAAGUGGAACCCGGGACGCCACGACACCCAUCGACUCCACCAUGGCGCCGGGAGAAGCAAACGCGGCCACCGCCGGCGGCCCGUCCCGCCGCCGCCGCCGCCGCGUGCUGCUCUUCCCGCUCCCGUACCAGGGCCACAUCAACCCCAUGUUCCAGCUCGCGGGCCUCCUCCACGCGCGGGGCUUCGCGGUCACCGUCUUCCACGCCCGCUUCAACGCGCCCGACCCGGUCCGCCACCCGGCCUACGACUUCGUCCCCGUCCCCGAGGGCCUGCCGGCGGCCGGCCCCGGCACGAUCGUGGAGACCCUCGAACACAUCCUCGCCCUCAACGGCUCCCUCGAGGCGCCGUUCCGGGAGCGCCUGGCCGCCCUGCUGGAGCCUCCCGGCGCCCGGGACGAGGUCGCGUGCCUGGUCGCCGACGCGCACCUGCUGACCCUCGUGGACGUGGCGCGGCGGCUGGCCGUGCCGGGGCUGGUGCUGCGCACCGGCAGCGCCGCCUGCUUCCGCAACUUCGUGGCCAACCCCAUGCUCUGCGACAGGGGCUACCUCCCGGUGAGCGCGGAGUCGCAGCUGGACGCGCCGGUGAAGGAGCUGCCGCCGUACCGCGUCCGGGACCUGAUGGGCGCCGACAGCAGAAGCAGUCAUGGGCAUGAUCUGAUGUGCAAGCUACUGUCCCGGGCGGUCGAGGCGGUGCGGAGCUCCGCCGGGUUCAUCCUCAACACCUUCGACGCGCUGGAGGCCGCCGACCUGGCGACGAUCCGGCGAGACCUCGCCGGCGUGCCGGUGUUCGACGUCGGCCCGCUCCACAAGCUCUCCCCGGCGUCGUCCAGCAGCCUCCUGCAGCAGGACCUCUCCUGCCUCGACUGGCUGGACGCGCAGGCCCCGGCGUCCGUGCUCUACAUCAGCUUCGGCAGCCUGGCGAGCAUGAGCGGCGAGGACCUGGCCGAGGCGGCGUGGGGCGUGGCCGACAGCGGCCAGCCGUUCCUGUGGGCGCUCCGGCCGGGCCUCGCCCGCGGCGCCGCCCUGCCCGACGGGUUCGCCGCGGCGACCGGAGACCGUGGACUGGUGGUGGGCUGGGCGCCGCAGGAGGAGGUGCUGGCGCACCGCGCCGUGGGCGGGUUCUGGACGCACGGCGGGUGGAACUCGGCGCUGGAGGGCGCGUGCGGGGGCGUGCCGAUGCUCUGCCGGCCCUGCUUCGGCGACCAGAUGGGCAACGCGAGGCACGUGGAGCACGUGUGGCGCGCGGGCAUCGCGCUGGACGGCGGCGGCGUGCUCGAGCGGGGCGCGGUGGAGGCGGCCGUCCGGCGGCUGAUGCGGGGCGAGGAGGGGGAGGGGAUGAGGGGCCGUGCCCGGGAGCUCCGGAGCAGGGCGGCCGCGGCCGUCGCCGAUGGCGGGUCGUCCCGGCUCAGCGUCGACAAGCUGGUGAACCACAUCCUGUCGCUGUGAAGUCCCGUGUCAGACCCCGUAGGUAGUAGUCCGUACUCUGUAGUCUGUUUCUGGGCCACGAGCCCACACGUGUUUUGUUUGUCCGGAUCUGCGUCUAUGUAGUCUACAAUAAGUUGUCAAAGAUCAUCACAAUUGCCUCCGACAAUGCCAAAAACCAUCGUCUUCAUGAAAGUUCAUGAAAAA